AAACAUGUCAGCUGGAUAUGUCAGUAGCACUAAUUACAACAUCCACAGCAACAAGUUCGACAGUUAUUUCUUUCUUGGAAGAAUCUGAUGAAAUUGCAUCAUCUUCAGUGUCUUUGUCCUCAGAAGAGGAAGAAAAGAUCCCUUGCAAGAAGAAGCAGAAGAAAAAGAAGCAUGCUUCUGACAAAAUGGAACACCAUCGCAGUAGGAGUAAGCACAGGCAUGGUGGAUCUUUUCCAGCCAUGCGGUGCAACCUAAUAAGGAGUGAGAGUUUGCUCUAGCACCUCCGGAUUGUCUCCUGCAUGCUUGUCCUCCAGGAGUGAGGCACUGGAGUCGCCUUAAGGCUCGUACAUACUUUCUGCAUUCUGCGUCCGCGUACAGCUGCGGACUCGUACUGGUCGCGCAGACGCGGUUCAAUUCAUACUACAAUUGAGGGUCCGCGUCGUUCUGGUGUUCCAAGCAUGCGCAUUUCCGCAUUGGAAAAAAAUGGCGACUUCACGACAGCAAGAAGAGCUCCUGUGUUUAUUGUUUUUGGCUGAACAGCAAGAAGAAGGCAAAAAGAGAAAAUAUAAUGUGCGACCGCUUAACGAGAAUAGGACCUGGGACGGGGAAUACAGUACAUUGGUGCAAGAGAUGAGAAGCAUCGACGAGGAGAAGCAUCACCAGUACUUUUGGAUGCCGGCCUCAAAGUUCGAUUAACUGGUGUGUCGCAUUGUCCCUCAUAUCGAGCACAAAAAAACACACAGGGCUCCUGUGGAUGUAGCUGAAAGGCUGGCUGUGACUUUGGCUUUUUAGCUUCAGAAUCUUCCCAGCAAAGUAUAGUGGCAAGUUACAGAUUAGGCUGUAGCACCAUGUCACUGAUUAUUCCUGAGGUGUGCCAAGCUUUAUGGAGUAGCCUGCAGCCGGAGUUUGUUGCCUUCCCCUCCCAAGCACAGUGGGCGGACAUAGCACAAGAUUUCUGGAUGAUUUGGAACUUUCCACUGUGUUUGGGCGCCAUCGAUGGAAAGCAUGUGCAAAUCAAAGCACCUCCAAAGUCCGGCAGCGACUACUUCAACUACAAACGGACCCACUCCAUUGUUCUCAUGGCUGCAUGUGAUGCACAUUACCGCUUCACGAUGGUGGACGUGGGGGCCUACGGUCGUGAAAGUGAUGGUGGCAUAUUCAAAGAGAGUGUUUUCGGUUCGAGGCUCAUCGAUGGAACACUGCCGAUACCACCACCAACCACCCUGCCAGGCACAGAUGUCAUCAAUCCACAUACCUUUGUGGGAGAUGCUGCUUUCCCACUGCAUCCAAAUCUGAUGCGUCCAUACCCAGGCUCCAACCUCACCAUAGAGCAACAGACCUACAACUACCGCCAUUGCCGGGCACGAAGGAUAAUAGAGACGCUUUUGGUAUCCUGGCUUCACGGUGGAGGGUGUUUGGUCGUCCAAUGGAGUGCAGCCCAGAGAACACUGUGCAUGUGAAGGCUUAUGUUUCUCUACACAACUUCCUGACAUGUACUGACACAGCAAAUUCAGCAACCACAAGAUACAUCCCUGCC